AUGGCUCUGAACGCAUACAUUUACGGAUAUGGAGGCCACUCGCUCGUCACUCCUCAUCAGGCUCUGAAACGACAAUGGUGGACGGACGAGCGUAUCGACAAUCGCGUCACCCGCGCAUUUGUCAUCUCGAAGCUGCGCGGCGAAGAGAGAGAAUUUCUCGAUCGCGCCCUGGCUUUUGGCGAAGGCCUCACAGACGACACCUACAUGGAAUGGAUACUCGAGCGCGCGAAAAGAUUAUUUCUCAUCCUCACACAGAUUGGCGUACCGGAUCAGAUCUUUGGAUGCAUCGACGACUCAUGGGACGACGACGACUUACCGAUACCAUUUGAUAAUGUCAAAAGUUUGGAAUUGUCCUGCGACAACAACGAGGCAUUGAACAAGAGAUUUUAUGACAUGCAGUUCAUCUAUCUCUUGCGCGAGUUGAAGAAGGGUUCGCAUAUCGACUAUGGACCGAAGGAACACAUCCCCAUGGAGCAUGUCAAUACUUUACCACCAGCAGCAACAUUGCAGCCGUACGAUCGCGUGCACUUUCCAGGUCGCCCAGAGGAAGUGUUCAUGAGGAGGAAGUACUCGAUGACGGACAAGGACAACGGUCACUUCACGGGAGACACCUUCACUAAGGACGUUCGUAGAGCCCGAGCUUUGGCGCAUGAGCAUGUUGCGUCAACUUGGGCGACAUACACCAGCGAGAAUGCGGCUUAUCUCCUGUCAGACUUUGUGCCAGAGCAUACUCUCGCGACUUUCAUCGAGCAUCGCACGCCAGCCUCCUAUGUCAAAGUGCGCGCUACAGAGCGGCCACUCCUCAUCUGCGAGUGGAUGCAUUGUCUGUCAGACGCACUCGCCUCUCUUCACCAUCGUGGUAUCGCACAUACCGCCAUACGCCCUUCGAACAUAUGGAUCGAUUCCCACAAUCACAUCGCUCUUGCAGACGUGGGAGCCAUUCCGACUUAUCAACGGAAUAAGAAGGUACCCAAGAACGAAAUCUACGAUUACGCUGCUCCAGAAUCGCAACUGAGCAAGUCCGCCGUCUUUUCUUCCAUCACCUCCCCUUUGAUCGAACGACAUUCGCCACCUUCGGGCAGCAUGAGUCCUGCGACUCUCCGGGACCUGCCCACCGCGACUCCCGAGAUGUCUGACAUCUAUUCCCUUGGCUGUGUCUACCUUGACCUCCUCACUUUCCUCAUCCGCGGCAAAACCACCGACUUUGCGAAGUUCCGAACAACUCGUAUCUCUCAUCAACGACAGCAAGAAUUCAAAGCGGCAAACGUUACAUCUUCUUCCAAGACUGGGACCACCAUGGCGCCUCCACCUUCGAAGGCCGAUUCCUCUUUCCACGCUCAUCCGGAUCAACUCUCCACGUGGUUGAAUAUGCUGUCUACCGAAGCCUCCGCAUCUUCGAAUACAUCGUCCUCUACGUCUGGUAUCGGUCCGAAUCUCGUCCUCGCCCGAGGCAUUCCUCGCCUAUUGAAUCUUGUUCGUUCGAUGAUAGCGCAAAAUGCGACGUUGCGACCUACAGCCAUUGGUGUCAGAGAAGUCAUCGAGGAAGUUUUGGAAGAGUGCGGAGUUCGU